CACAGAGAUGCAGGAGGUAAGAGGCAAGAGUCGGCUCCGAGCUGGGGCGCCCUUUGGCCUGCCGGCUGCCCCCUCCCCCCCCCCCCCGCGCGCGCGCGCCCGCGCGGAGGGCUCCGGGCGUCCCGAGGAGGGCGGUCGCCGCCAGGCCCUGAGCCGCAGCACUUCGGCCGCCGCGCCGCACUUCGGCGGCGCAUCGGGGGCCGAGACCCCGCCUCGGCGUCGGCGGAACGAAGAGGAGGGGGAGGCGGAGGAGGAGGGGGAGAGACCACACGGGCUGGCCGAACCACGCCCCCGAUGGCUCGAAGCCUCCCCUCUCGAGCCGCUGGCCGCUGGCGAGCGCUGGCUGAACAGCCGCGGGGCGCCCAGGCCGAGCGUCGCGCCCGCGUGA